GGAGAUGAUGCUUCCAUAGCAAGUCCAAUCAACAUAAAAGCUUUACAAUCGAGAGAUGAAGGGAUGUACUUUAUCCUGAUCUGAGGCGAGAAGACUUGUAGGGGUGGGUGGUAAAGGAUACGCCGUAAUAGCUCGUAAUAGUCACCGGUUCACCAGCUGCCUUUAUGUAAAUGCGAAACUUUCUUACCUUUCCUUCGCCUCCCCGUCCCUCUUGUUACUCUACAUCCUCCCUCGAUUCUGAAGGUUUUUGAGAACGAAUAUGCCUCCAAAACGAAAGUCCACUGGUCAGGACGCGACCGCAGCGAAGAAAGCGAAAACUACGAAGACAAACACUGCAGCCAGGUUGAAAAAAUCUAAACGCGUCGAAUAUAAGUCUUCAUGGUCAAAGGACAAGCCCGAGGGUAAAUGGGCUCGUAGAGCUGUUGAUUGUUGGAACUUAUUACCGCCAUACGAUACCUCCAUCGACGACUCCCGAUGGAAAGUAUACUAUGAAGAGCGUGCUGCUCUUGACAAGGUCAAUACGCGUGGAUCGAACGCGUCCGAACCUAUCGUUUCAGAAGAACUCGGUCAGGAUACUUUCCGUCUCUUAUUCAACGCCAGUAAGAGUGUCUCCCAAACCAUGUACGGUGCAGUUGCGGACGAGGACGAAUGUGUGGCCAUUGCUAGGACUCUUCGUGGCUCGUUGUACUACACAGACCUUUGGGGCAACGACGAAGAAGGAGGAGAUUCUGACCCGCGUACGGUCAAUGCAAAGACGCGCCUUUACUCACCCUUUGGGCUCGGCACAUCUAUAGACUUGUGCUGGAAUUAUCAUUACCGUGCCCGGAUGUUCAAUUCGUCCGAGAAGUUUGCCGACUUGGUCGCCAUGAGCAGAAGUAUACACGACUGCGACGCAAAAGAACCUCGAAACUGUUCAGCCAUGACCAAAGACCGCAAUGGGCGCCCAAAGCCUGAAGAGGGAGCUAUCAAGGUCAUCAAAAUGAAUGGUUCUUCGAUCUCUGGUACGACUGCGAAGAAUCUUGAAGAAUUUGAGACGACUCUUUUCGGCGCUGCAGGAUGGCUGUCCCCUCUCAAAAUGUUCCACAUUGUUGCCCAUGCUGGCACCGUAGCGCACUACCAGGAAGCGCUUGGUAGUCAGCUGCUCAAGAGAGCAGGUUUGGACAAGUUUAAGUUCUGCAAAGAUGAGACUGACGGGAAAGCGUUGGCGGAUAAAGAGGCUGUCAAGUUCAAGGAAUUGUGGGAGGAGUUGAAGACCAAGGGUGACAAGCCAAUUUGUGUGCCGCAACGACUCGUGUUGGCUGCACACAGUCCUGAAGAAGACGACGAUGAGCAGGGGGGAGAAUGUGAGAAGCCUGCCGAUGGGGAAAUGAACCCUGAGGAGCCCGAGAAUGGAUCUGAGGAUGGAGAGUAUGACGUGGAAGAAGGAAAAGAAGAGGUAUGAGAUUUGACAAAGAUUUCUAUUACUAUUUGAGUCUCGCGAUGGAAGAUCUAUUUUACUCCCAUUUUCGUGAAAAGUCACUCUACUUCCAUAACCAUUAAAUCUAGCCUACAUACAUGAGUACAACUUCAAGCCUAUUACUUACAUAGACCUUGCCGAGAUUAUCUGUCGAAGCUUUAGGCGGGGGUCUGUCGGACUAGUCGGAC